CUCAAUCUCUCUUCUCCGUCCACUCCUCCAAACAUCCCCCCUCCCCCUCCCCCCUCACAAUGGCUCCCACACAAAUCACAGCAGACGACCUCCCCGCCCUCCUGGCCGAUGACAUCAAGGUCAAGGUCGCCGGCGUCGACUGCGAUGGCAUCCUCCGCGGCAAGGUCAUGUCCAAGGAGAAGUUCCUGGGCAUCGCGCAGAAGGGCUUCGGCUUCAGCUCCGCCGUCUUUGGUUGGGACAUGCAGGACGUGCUCUACACCACAGACGCGAAGAUCGCCCCGGCUGAUUCGGGCUACGUCGACUUUCUGGCUGUCCCGGACCUGAACUCCUUCCGUCGCAUCCCCUGGGAGGACGAUAUCCCGUUCUUCCUUGUCCGGUUCGUGCAGGACGAUAAGCCCGUCUCGGCCGAUGGACGCAGCAUGUUGAAGUCGAUAUGCGAUAAGAUGGCCGCGAAGGACUGUCUCGGCAUGGCUGGAGUCGAAUUGGAAUUCAUGAACUUCCAGACCCCGUCCGAAGACGGAUACGGCCCCAACGCCUCCCAGACCCGAGACAUCGCCGCCUUCCUCGACAAGAACGCCCCUGGCGCCCUGCGCCCUGUCACAGUCGGCAGCUUCUCCUACAGCGCGACCCGCCCGGUCGCGUUCAAGAACUACUUCUACGACAUCUUUGACACCGCUGCGCGGUUCAACUGCGGCAUUGAGGGCUGGCACACCGAAGGCGGGCCGGGCGUGUACGAAGCGGCCCUGAAAGUAUGCGAAGUCAACGAAAUGGCCGACAAAGUCUCUCUCUUCAAACUCCUCGCCAAGUCCAUCGGCAUAACCCACAACAUCACCCCAUGCUUCAUGGCCAAGCCCAUGCAAGGCCAACCCGGCAGCUCCGGACACAUCCACGUAUCCCUCACCGACCUAAGCGGCAAGAACCUCUUCGCGCGGGACACGCCCGACCCCGACACGCCCUGGGCGGACUGCGCCUCCCUCUCCGACCUCGGCCGACACUUCCUCGCCGGCAUCCUCGAAGCCCUCCCCGACAUCAUGCCCCUCUUCGCGCCCACAAUCAACUCCUACAAGCGGCUGGUCGAGAACUUCUGGGCCCCCGUGAACAUCUCCUGGGGCCUGGAGGACCGGAUGGCCUCCGUGCGCAUCAUCACCCCGCCCGUGUGCAAGCCCGGCGCGACCCGCUUCGAGGUCCGCAUCCCCGGCGCGGACCUGCAUCCGCAUUACGCCCUCAGCGCUAUCCUAGCGGCUGGGUGGAGGGGCGUCGAGAAGAACCUCGAGAUUACCGUCCCGCCGGUGUCGGCGCAGAAGUCUGCCGGGGUUAAGGCUGAGUUGCUUCCGAAUACCCUCGAGGAGGCCCUGAGGAGGUUUAAUGCGGAUGGUAGUGUCGCGAGGGAGAUUCUCGAUGCCGAGUUUGUCGAUUUCUUUACCGCCACGAGGGAGCAUGAGUUGAGGGUUUGGAGGGAGGCUGUUACCGAUUGGGAGUUUAGGAGGUAUGUUGAGACGGUUUAGGUUGGUUGAUUGGUUGGUUGGCUUUAGAUUAGAUACCUAUGUGCAUAUGUAUAUGUCGUGAUGAUUUCAAUCUGUUUCUGUGCGCUGUUUUAGGCUCUUUUGGGAUUCUGAUCAGAUACAUGUGUAAAUGGACAACCCGAGUACAG